AUGGACGGUGACUCUAUCUUCGGCUACCAGCUUCAGAAUCGGAAGCGGACUCACGACCAAAUAGACCGAAGUUCGAGCAUACACAGCAGCCGGCGAUCCACACCCUCAAUCACAGUACGAGACGACUCGGCGGGGCCCUCCUACUCGACACGGCACCCGACACAAGCACACAGUACAACAGCACAGCUACGGCUUCCGUCACUACGAUACGCAGGCGACGGAUUAGAUUUCAGGCGGCCGAUGUCCACAACCUCAGCCCAAAGCGAACCCCAGGUCAUCGAUCUCACAUCCGAAGACGACAACAGCCCAGAGCCCCCCGACGACGUCUCAGAGCGAACAUCUCCCCCGCUACAGCAAAUGCGUCCCGCAUCACGAGCGCCCCGCUUCGGCAGGAACAUCAUAGACCUAUCCUCCGACCCACCAUCACCGCCCCCUCAACAAGUCGCACCGCCACUACCACCCGAACCCCUCAGUCCCGAAAUCGAAUUCGUCUCUGCGCGCCGCCUACCAGCGCCCCCACGCCGACCCGACGACCCACAAAGACCCAUAGAUCUCGACCUCAUCGACAACGACUUCGAGAUCAUCAGCGAGCGGCCCGCCACGCCUGGCAACGGCGUGAACGGCCCGGCUCCCGCCGACGGCGGCUUCCCGCUUCGCGUAGCCGGCCUCGGCGGCGUGGCGGCAUACCGGCGCGAACUGGCGCAGCGGACGCAGGCCUUGCACGUGCAGCUGCGAGGGGCGGAAGCGCGGCUCAGAUGGGCGAUCGAGGAGGUGAACAACCGGGAGAGGCAGUUUGGCGGGGCGGCUUUUGUGGCGCCGCAGCUGGAUUUUAUGAACGUGGGGUUCGACAUGGGACUUGAGAGGGAGAGGAGCGCGAGUCCGGCGGUUAUAGUGACGCCGCCGCCGCCGCCGGAGGGCUUCACGAGGAGUCCGGUCGAGGGAGAUGUGCUGGUGUGUCCGAAUUGUGGGGAUGAGCUGGCGGUGGGGAGAGAGGCGAUCAAGAGGCAGGCGUGGAUCGUUAGGGCAUGUGGCCAUGUCUACUGCGGCGAGUGCACAGCAGCCCGGUCCAAGUCACGGCGGAAAGGCAAGGAGCCGGCAAAGAGCAUGCCCAUGCCGUUUAAGAUAUGCGUGGUAGAGGGCUGCGGCAAGAAAUGCUCAUCGAAGACCAGCAUGCUGCAGCUGUUCUUGUAA